AUGGACACGUUCCAGACUGAAUCCGCUCCCAUUAUGGAUUCUUUUAAUUUUCAACCGAUGGCAUACGACCCUUCGCUUGUUGGAAACGUUGAUAUCGCUGCAAUGGGCAUGUUUCCCGACGACAUGCAGAUCGACAUGACCUCCGUGGCCCCUUCAACCUUUGAGGAUAUGCCCGGGAUCCCAAGUCUCAGCAAGGAGACUUCAACUAAUUCGGAGAACAUACCAUCAAAUGGUGUUGGCGCUGGGCCGCUACCCACAGGGUUUCUGGCACAAAACGCAAUGCCCUCGACUUCGAGCAAUGUCUUGACCGAGUUCACAAAAAGGAGAAAUUGGUCCCAGAGGGUGCUCGACGAACUAAAAGAUUUACUCUACAUUCUCACCUCAGAUGGCAGACUUCUUUACCUGUCUCCUUCUGCCAAGCUCCUAAUCGGCUAUGAGCCAACUGAGAUUGUGGGCAAAUCCAUAUCAGAAUUUGUGCAUCCAGACGAUGCUUCUCUUUUUAUCCGCGAGUUCAAUGAAAGUAUAGCAACGGGAAACAAUCUUCGUCUUUUCCACCGCUUCCGGACUGCAGAAGACAAAUAUCGAAUUUUUGAAUGUCAUGGCCAUCCUCAUCUCAGCAAUGAUAGUCCUGCUGGCGACAUGGCUGUCGGUCCAUCAACGGCAGCACCUUUCUGUCGUGGAUUUUUCAUGAUGGCUCGACCAUAUCCUUCCAAGAACUCCGAGCUACUCGACUCCUUUCUGGAGCAUAAAAUCGAAAAUGUUCGCUUACAAGCAAGGAUUGCUGCUCUAAAGCGAGAGGAAGCCGAAGACGCAGAAGCGCAGAAUGACCCCUUUCACAAGCAGCCAGCCACCAAUGGUGUCAAGUCGCGAUCAAAUUCAGCCGACAUGACGCCACAAUCCCCAUCCAUGAUUUCAAAGGAUGAAGCCCCUGAAUCAUCAAAUAUGCCACCUCCCGCUAAACCCACGAUAUCGAAUUUGGCUCUCACACGUGAAGCCCUCGAUGAAGCAAAUGCUCAGGCUCGACCAGAUAGCAUUCGGGAUAAGAUGGCACGUUAUGAAGGCUCGUCACAUGUUGACUCCAUCGAAAUGUUCACUGGGUUACGUUAUCGGGAAGGGGAGAGAUCACAAGGUAUAUCUACUGGAGGCACUUCUCCAGCUCUCAUCCGUGGUGACGCUGGUAUACAUAUCCCUAUCGACAAAGCCGACGCCAGAUAUGGAGGGUCUUCUUACUCUGACAAGAAGGCCAAAAAGGUCAAAAGCGCAGAUGAAUUUGUCUGUACCGAUUGUGGUACACUCGACAGCCCGGAAUGGCGUAAGGGUCCCAAUGGUCCCAAGACGCUCUGUAAUGCUUGUGGUUUACGAUGGGCUAAGAAAGAGAAGAAAAGAUCUGGAGACCCUGGAGUCGAUGGGUUUGAGAAUGGCGGUAUUACUGAUGGCAUCAGUUAG